AUGUCAUCGACCACUCCAGACGCAGCAGCCGCAGACUUUGUUCCUAGCAUCGUCAGCAACGCCAACAAUGAAGACGGUGUAAAGUCGCCCGGAGCCGCCAAUGCACAGCCAGCUUUUGAUCCUUCUACUCAACUCACCGUCAGGGCACUCGUCUCCACAAAGGAGGCCGGUGUCAUCAUCGGAAAGGGAGGGGCCAAUGUUGCUCACCUGCGCGAAGAGACCGGCGUCAAGGCAGGCGUCAGCAAAGUCGUACAGGGAGUUCAUGACCGAGUGCUCAGUGUGAGCGGUACCCUGGAAGGCGUUGCCCAGGCCUACUCCCUCAUUGGUCACACCAUUCUCGAGAACCCAGUCACCGCUGCCGACCCCUCCGCUUCACCCGUCACCCCACCCCCCAAUGCCGUCACCUCGGUCCGUCUCUUGAUCUCACACAACCUCAUGGGAACAGUCAUUGGCCGUCAGGGACUCAAGAUCAAGCACAUCCAAGACAUUUCCGGAGCCCGCAUGGUGGCAUCCAAGGACAUGCUCCCUCAGUCUACCGAGCGAGUAGUGGAGGUGCAAGGUACUACCGAGGCCAUCCGGGUCGCCGUCUACGAGAUCGCAAAGUGUCUGCAGGAGGACUGGGAGCGUGGACAGGGAACCGUGCUGUAUCACCCGGGCCACACCGAGGGAGCUGGUGUUCUCGCAGCAGGAGGAGCUGGCGGAUUGCAACCACAAGGUGGACGAAGGUCCUCCGGAUCGGGCGGUCCGGGCUACCUGGCUGGCGCCAUGGCCGGGCUCAGCCUCACCGCCGGCCGACGUCAACCACCUGGAGGAGCUCUGCCCGGCAGCAACGGCUCUUUCGGUGCCCCCGCUGCAGGAAGCUUCCGCAAGGCCGCUUCUCCUUCUAACGGAGGCGCCAUCUCUGGCGACGCAGCAGCCGCUGCCGCCGGCGCUGUCGUUACUCCUGGCGGUGGCCUGUCCGCUGCCGCUACCUCACCUGGCUCAGCGCCCCCUGCCAUUGUCGACACGGCCAAUGUGCGCACGCAGAACAUCUCUAUCCCCGCCGACAUGGUCGGCUGCAUCAUCGGAAAGGGUGGAAGCAAGAUUACCGAGAUUAGGCGUCUGAGUGGAUCAAGAAUCUCCAUUGCAAAGGUGGCCCACGAUGAUUCUGGCGAGAGGAUGUUCACCAUUCAGGGAACGCCAGAGGCAAACGAGAAGGCUCUGUUCCUCCUGUACACCCAGCUGGAGUCAGAAAAGGAGCGCAGGACAUCUUCCACAAACGAGGACAGCGCCGUCGUCGUCGACGAUGCUGCCGACAGGCCUGCUGCCUAA